AUGUCGGACGGCCGGGGCGGCAUCAACCGUCAGUUUCGCAACGCCCACCGCCAGAGCUUCGAUUCCGCGUCCCAGCUGUAUCCGCAGCGCGAGCCUGCUCCUGGCGGUGGGCAAGGCGAAGUACCUUCAGAUGAGAUGCUGGGUGGCAACCCUCACUUCAGCGACUUUAACUUUCCCUUCUCCGCCCUGCCCGACUCAACCGUUCUCGCCCACCAGGCCGACCCUUUCUCGCAGCACCAGGCCGGCACCAUUUCCUCCAUUCCGCCAUCACAUAGCAUGAGUGCCAUGAACAACAUGACACGCCAGUCCUUCGUGCCCAUUCUUGAUCCGCCGACGCCGAAUCUGGAACUAACCAGCAGCUCAAUGGCCAGGAUAUCGACUCCGGCGUCCAACUCCAUCACCGAUGAUGGGAAUGCAGACGACUUCGGCCUCAUGAAUCAGAAUCGUGGCGAUGGCACAGACUUGGGAGGCAAGUCCAAGGACGACUCUGCGUCGGCCCCCCCUGCCUGGAGUGAGCUCAAGACCAAGGCUGGCAAGGACCGGAAACGACUGCCGCUCGCCUGUAUCGCAUGUCGUCGCAAAAAGAUACGCUGCUCUGGAGAAAAGCCUGCCUGCAAACACUGCAUGAGGUCACGUAUUCCGUGCGUUUACAAAGUCACUACCCGAAAAGCCGCCCCGCGCACCGAUUACAUGGCCAUGCUCGACAAGCGACUGAAGCGGAUGGAGGAGCGCAUCAUCAAGAUACUCCCAAAGUCUGAUCAGGAUUCCUUAUCCUCGGUCCCCCGUGCCGUUGUCAAACCUGCCAUCCCAGGAACUGGAACAAUGACGUCAAGUAAGACAAUCACCAAGAAGCGCAAUGCUGACGAAGCCUUUGGCCGGGAUCUUGAAGCAUGGGCCAAGGCUCCCAGACCGAAGCUGCCGGAAGACCAGGCCGGCUCGCCAGAGUCCCGCGAGGCAGAAGAAAACGAGCUGCUGCGUGAAGGAAGGGAUGCUCUUCCUCCCAAGGAUGUUCAAGAGCACCUCACCGAGGUCUUUUUUGACAAUGUCUACGGUCAAUCAUAUCAUCUCCUCCAUAAACCGAGCUACAUUCGCAAACUAAAGAAUGAUACGCUACCGCCGGUGCUUGUUCUCUCUGUUUGUGCCAUCGCAGCGCGCUUCACGUCGAACCCAAAGUUUAACAACUCUUCAACCAAACAGUUUAUGCGUGGAGAGGAGUGGGCCUCUCACGCCAGAGAAAUUUGCACUAAACGAUAUGACUGGCCCAACAUAACGAUAUUGACUUGUCUCCUCAUCUUGGGCAUGCAUGAGUUUGGAACGUGCCAUGGCGGCCGUGCCUGGGCUCUGGGUGGACAGGCCAUUCGUAUGGCCUUUGCUCUCCACUUGCAUAGAGAUUUGGAAUAUGAUCCCCAGAUGCGAAAUAGGAAGAUCAAGCUGAGUUUCAUCGAUCGCGAAAUUCGUCGCCGCGUUAUGUGGGCUUGCUUUAUGAUGGACCGCUUCAACUCCUCCGGGACAGACCGGCCUCUGUUCAUCAAAGAAGACACUCUCAAAAUACCUCUGCCCGUUGCGGAGAGACAUUUUCAAUUUGAUAUGCCAGCACAGACCGAAUACCUCGACGGCACCGUUCCGAAUCAUGAGCUAAACGACCAAGAUCAAACGGGAGUGUUGCCGCGCGACAACAUGGGAGCAGCAGCCUACACUAUCCGCUCAAUAUCCAUUUGGGGUCGUGUCGUUACCUAUUUGAACCAGGGUGGAAGAGAACAGGAUGCAUAUCCAAUGUGGGACAAGAAUUCCCAGUAUGCCCAACUGGUGCGAGAUACCGAAGAGCUACUACGCUCCCUCCCGGAUUCCCUCAAAUCUACCCGCGAGGCUCUAGAGAUUCACCGCGCCGAAAGUACCGCAAGACAUCUCCUUUUCCUGCACAUGGCUAUCCAGCAGAAUCUGCUCUUUCUCCACCAAGCCGCAGUCUCUUUUUCUCGAGACCGUAUUGGCGAAGAGGCACCCAACGAAUUCAUUGCGCAGGCUAACAUGAAGACUUUCUUGGCCGCUAACAAAAUAUCCGACCUUCUCAGGGACGCUGAAGAGGUACAGUGCAGCAUAUCAACUCCAUUUGCCGGGUACUGCGCCUUCUCUUCAGCUGCCAUCCACAUCACUGGUAUCUUUUCCGGCAACCCGGCGAUGAAAGCCACAGCCGAGGUAAAUUCCAGCGUAAACGUAAGAUUUCUGCGUAACAUGAUGAAGUACUGGGGCAUGUUUCAUUGGAUGGUAGAGAAUAUCCGCAUUCAGUUUCGCAACGCCCUUGAAGCGUCCCGCACCGGUGGUCCUACCAAUGGCAGCACGGCGUCAUCGCCAAUUCUGCAGUAUUCCGAUUGGUUCAACCGCUACCCCCAUGGAGUUUCGGACACAGACUACAUGGAUCCCGCCAUGUACAGGAAGAAAGAAAAGGGCGAAGACGGCGCCUUGGAGCAGAAGUCGGAGCUGCAGUCAAUUGAAGAUUUCUUCAUGACUGUUGGACCCAUGCAGAACGAUAAAGAAGGGCCACGGGCCGGUGCGUCCAAGCGCAAAGCCCCCUUGAAGAGGACAGCCGUCGCGAUAGCAAACAACGCAGACCAGCAAAAGUCUGGCGAACAGCAUACGACGGCGGCAGCAAGUGAGCAGCAUCUCCACGAACAGAUGAGAUUAGCUAUGCAACAGCAGCAGUCUCGGCAGCCGCCCAGGUUCGCGGACACGCUCGGAGUCCAGACUACCAACCCAUCUACCUUCAAUCCCCUUACCGUCUCACAGCCACAAAAUCCAGCAUACCCUCUCAUCUCACCAAUCAGCCCUGCCAACGCCGCACAAUUUCCUCAGAGCAUGCCGUUUUCCAAUUUUUCUCAACGGAUAUGCUAUCCAUGGAUAUUGAGCCGCCAGAUACAAUGAUGCAGUCCAACUAUGGUGACUUUUC